UAGGUCUUCCAAGUGCCUAUGAAAACGGGAAGGGGCCGCCUCCAGUCCUCUUGGUCCCUUCCUUUCCGAUCCCGAAACGGAUUUUCUCCGCCUGGCGGUCCCAGUCUGGGGAGGAGGUGGACCGGGUAGCACUUGGAGAGGCGUCGCCCGAGGGGAAAGGCGCUGGGCUCUGGGGCGCCAGCAGGCCGGGGAGAAGACUUGGAGGCCGGCGGUGCCGGAGGGAGCGCCCGGCCCAGCAAAGAGUUAAAGGGAGGGGACUUGGGCUGUCACGCGUCAUUGGGCAGAUUAUGUGCAGCAAACAAAAAGUGUGUGUCUGCGUGCCAGUCAGUCACUGCGUCGGGUCCAUCUGUACCUCUCUCUCUCUCUCUCUCUCUCUCUCUCUCUCUCUCUCCCUCUCCUCUCUUCUCUCCCUCCCUCCUUACUCUCCCCACAUUGUCCUCCCCCCGCAUCUCCAUCUCUAUAUUCUGUCUUUAAGCAGAGCUUACAGGACCGCAAUACCCCUUGACAUGGUAAUACACUGAUACAAUAGGCAAAAAGAGACUCUCGACCGCAGCUUCCCCGCUCCAGGUGGCCCUAUUUGGGCGAGAGGAUCCCGACCUUAUUCCGGUGAUGGAGGAUUCAGGCAUCCAGAGAGGCAUCUGGGAUGGAGAUGCCAAGGCUGUCCAACAAUGCCUGACAGAUAUUUUCACCAGCGUUUACACAACCUGUGACAUCCCUGAGAAUGCUAUAUUUGGUCCCUGCAUUUUGAGCCAUACUUCCCUGUAUGACAGCAUAGCCUUCAUAGCUCUCAAGUCCACCGACAAGAGAACAGUACCUUAUGUCUUCCGGGUAGACACCUCAUCGGCAAAUGGCUCCUCGGAAGGUCUCAUGUGGCUGCGGCUGGUCCAGUCGGCCAGAGACAGAGAAGAACAGAACCUGGAAGCCUACAUCAAAAACGGACAGCUGUUCUACCGCUCUCUCCGCAGGAUUGCCAAAGACGAGGAGUUACUAGUUUGGUACGGGAAAGAACUGACUGAGUUACUCUUGCUCUGCCCCUCUAGAUCCCACAGCAAACUGAAUGGGUCGUCCCCUUAUACAUGCCUGGAAUGCAGCCAGCGUUUCCAGUUUGAGUUUCCUUAUGUGGCGCAUCUGCGUUUCCGCUGCCCCAAGAGACUUCACAGCGCUGAUCUGAGUCCCCAGGACGAGCAAGGCGGCGGCGUGGGCACGAAGGACCACGGGGGCGGCGGCGGUGGAAAAGAGCAGCAGCCGCAACAGGAGGCAUCCUUGGGUUCGGGCCCCAAAUUCUGCAAAGCCGGCCCCAUCCACCACUACCCGGCCCCCUCUCCCGAGAGCAGCAACCCACCCCCCAGCGCCAGCGGCGGCAGCGGCAGCAGCAGCAGCAGCAGCAGUAGCAGCAGCAGCGCAAAGCCAUCCACAGACUUCCACAACCUGGCCCGGGAGCUGGAGAACUCGAGGGGAGGCGGCAGCUGCUCCGCAGCCUCUGGGCUCAGGCCCCUCCAGCUGCAGCUGCCCGCGGCGCUCACGCUGCUGCCGCCCUCCUUCACCUCGCUGUGUCUGCCCGCGCAGAACUGGUGCGCCAAGUGCAACGCCUCGUUCCGCAUGACCUCCGACCUGGUGUACCACAUGCGCUCGCACCACAAAAAGGAGUACGCCAUGGAGCCGCUGGUCAAGCGGCGGCGGGAGGAGAAACUCAAGUGCCCCAUUUGCAACGAGUCCUUCAGGGAGCGCCACCACCUGUCCAGGCACAUGACCUCGCACAACUGACACCUAGGCGUCUCCAGCGGUCCAGGCGCGCCUGCGCGCAGUCAAGCCACCCGCAGGAGCAAACUCCCGAGAAC